AUGUUAAAUUAUUUUCUUCUGUUUGUCUGUAUUGGUGUGGUGGUUGGUCAAGAACCUAGUUUAGAAGAUGCCCUUGCAUCCUUACCGCCCGAUCUUCAAGGAAAAGUUGAUGAGAACCAGAUAAAUGAAUUAAAAAACAAAACAGGACAACUAUUCCAGAAGAAAUGUGAAGAGAAUGGAGGUUUGGAUGCUUUCCCAAAGGCAGAGACCGCGUUCCAAGUUUUCAAAGAUUGCAUCCAAGAUCUGGUAAAUCCAGAAGUUUUGCAGAAGGAAAUCAAAGAUGCUACGCCAACAGGUCAAGUCGACGAAGUAUUCAAGAAGUACUGCUACAAGAAACCAGAUUUCAAAGGCUGCUUCCAAAACAUGACGGAGACAAUAAAGCCCUGUUUCUCAGUUGAAGAACAAAAGAAUCUCAAAACUAUAUACAACAUCUCGGAACAGUUGGCUGAGUUUAUAUGCUUCAAGGACGGUGAUAGAAUUGCACUGUUCAUCUCUGAAAAUGGUCCCGAAUGUUUAACUGAGAAACAGGAAGCGAUUGAGGAGUGCUUCAACAAGACAUUAGGAGCUGACCUGAAAAUACACCAACAAAACUUCUCUAUAGACAACCUGCCGAAAAUACAGUUUGGGGACAAAGAAUGCGGGCAAUUCGCUGAUCUUCAAAAGUGCGUAGUGUCUUCUUUAGAAUCUUGUGAGGCGCCAACAUCUGCGAAUAUCAUGGAAUCGCUGUUCAAAUUCGCAAGAAAAGCUACCCCAUGCAAGGAAUUACCGGAAAACGACGGCACAGCUACUGGUCAAAAAGGAGUAAGUUUUAAUAAUGAAAUAAAUUCUGCUUGGCAUACUAUUCUUGUGUCUGUUAUGCUUUUUUUGUUCUUCUGA